AAGCUGCUGCCAGUCCGUUCGAAAGGACAUGCUCAGAGCAGUGCUCGAAUAGGAGAGAACACGAUGAGACUGAUGGUAGCAGCGGUUGCACUAUGCCUGGUCGGCUUGGCCAGCGCAGCUUAUUACCCAGUGGACAAGUCUGUUACGGGAGUUAAGUAUGCCGAUAAGGAAUUCCUGUACAAGCAGAAAUUCUUCUUCGAAGUGUUCCGCAACAUCCAUCUUCCUCUGACGUUCGAAGAGUACAUGCCAUACACUAAAUUCUGGGUCAGCGAUGAAACCAAGUACACCAACUACAAGGAAGUCGUCGAGUUCUUCGACUACUUCAAGUUCGGUUACCUGCCAAAGGGUGAGAUGUACACCAUCUACAACAAGGAUUACAUGAAGCAGACCUAUCUGCUGUUCAACUUCUUCUACAACUCGGCUGACUGGGACACUUUCUACAAGAACGUUGUCUGGGCCCGCGAGAAUGUGAACGAAGGCAUGUUCAUCUAUGCUGUUACCCUGGCUGUUUUCCAUCGUCCGGACUUGAAGGGAAUUGUCCUGCCAGCCAUCUACGAAAUCUAUCCUUACUACUUCUUCAACACCGACAUGAUGCACAAGGCCAUGUACAAGAAGAUGUACGAACCCAAAUUUGGAUUCGCUAGCAAUGGAAAGUACAACGUAGUCUACUCUAACUACACUGCCGUGUACCCAAUGAGCUACUACGGAGAAGAUAAGCUGAGCUACUUCACCGAAGAUAUUGGUCUGAACGCUUACUACUACUACUUCAUGAUGGACUAUCCCUUCUUCCUGGGAGAAGAGAAAUUCAGCCUAUUCAAGGACCGUCGCGGAGAACUCUACCUGUACAUGUAUCAGCAACUGAUUGCUCGCUACUAUCUGGAACGUCAAGCUAACUUCAUGGGACCAAUUGAGAAAUUCAGCUGGGAAGAACCAAUCAAGACCGGAUACUGGCCAAAACUGAGCUACUACAAUGGCAUGCCAUUCUAUGGACGCAACGACUAUUACAGCAUUCCUAAGAAGUACUCUUACAACAUCGAUCUGGUUAAGGAUUACGAAGCCCGCAUUCGUCAGGUUAUCGACCAAGGAUUCAUGUACUUGUACGAUGGAACCAAGAUUGAUUUCCGCAAGGCUGAAUCUAUUGACUACCUUGGAAACAUGAUCAAUGCCAACCCAGACAGCGUCGACAAUGACUUCUACAAAUAUGUUGAAAUCUUUGCUCGUCUCAUGUACAGCGGAAGCGACUUCUACUACUCAGGAUCAAAGGUAUGGCCAAGUGCUUUGAUGCAUUUCGAAACCUCGAUGCGCGAUCCCUUCUUCUACCAGCUGUACUACCGUUUGAUGUCCUACUACUGGCAAUUCAAGAGCUACUUGCCAUACUACACCUUCGAGGAGCUGUACUUCAAGGGCUUCGAGAUCAAGAACGUUGCCUUCGACAAACUGAUGACUUACUUCGAGUACUUUGAUGCCGAUAUCAGCAACGCUUUCCCAAUGGGCUUCUCAUCCGACAAAUUCUUCGACUUCUCCAUCUACGCUCGUCAAAAGCGCAUCAACCACAAGCCAUUCACUUACACCAUGGAUGUCUACUCUGAAUUCGCUGGCAAGGGUGUUGUCCGCAUGUUCAUGGGACCCAAAUUCUACGACAUGAAGGAACUCCAGUACUACAAGCAAUACUUCGUUGAGCUGGACCAAUACGUGUACGACUUUGUUGCUGGCAAGAACACCAUCGUUCGCAACUCUCGCGACUACUACUGGAGCGUGCGCGACCGCACCAGCUACGUUGAGCUGUACAAGAAGGUCAUGUCUGCCUACAAGGGUGAGGACAAAUUCGCUCUUGACAUGUCUGAGGCUCACUGCGGAUUCCCCGACCGUCUCCUGCUGCCAAAGGGUCUGCCAAGCGGUUAUGAAAUGACCUUCUACUUCAUCGUCACCCCAUACUACGCCCCCAAGACUGAACAGUUCUCGACCUACGAGCACAGCUACAGCUGCGGAGUCGGAUCCGGAUCGAAGUACAUCGACGAUCUGCCAUUCGGAUUCCCCUUCGAUCGCGAGAUCAACUUCAGCUACUUCUUCACCAAGAACAUGUACUUCAAGGACGUCAUGGUCUACCACAGUGAUGAGAUGAAGCUGAACCAAUCCUACUAAGCUAUCCACACGGAACACACUGAUUUUAGAAAAUAAAGCAAACCUUUAGUUGAACAAAAA